UGUGUUGUUUUACGCACUGAAGUUGGAUCUUGAUCUCGUCGUUUGCCGACCUCCUGGCUGAAUGUGUCUGCGGAGAGCAGGAGUCCACAAAGGUUUUUGACGGAUGUCGUGGAGGGGUGCAGACAGCGCACGGUGCGUAAGAGUGGACUGGUGUCGUGGCGAUGAGGAAGGUGCACAGUGAAGCCGCCAGCGCACCUCCGGCUCCUCUCAGCCGCACUCUGUGAGCGGAAGACCUGUGUACACUGUAAGUGUCGCCGUGAGGACCAUGCAGUGACCACCAUGCCUGUUGAGAUGGAGAAGACGGUCACCAAGCUGAUGUACGAUUUCCAGAGGAACUCUACCUCAGAUGAUGACUCAGGCUGUGCCCUGGAGGAGUACGCCUGGGUACCACCGGGACUCAAACCUGAACAGGUUCAUCAGUACUACAGCUCCCUGCCUGAGGACAAGGUACCUUAUGUUAACAGCCCAGGAGAGAAAUACCGCAUCAAACAGCUGCUCCACCAGCUACCACCACAUGACAAUGAGGUGCGUUACUGUAACAGCCUAGAUGAUGAAGAAAAGAGGGAGCUGAAGCUCUUCAGUAACCAGCGAAAACGGGAGAACCUGGGCCGUGGGAGCGUCCGACCGUUCCCGGUGACAAUGACUGGUGCGAUCUGUGAGCAGUGUGGAGGCCAGAUAAACGGUGGUGACAUUGCGGUCUUUGCCUCUCGGGCGGGUCACGGUGUGUGCUGGCACCCGGGCUGCUUUGUGUGCAACAUGUGCCAGGAGCUCCUUGUGGACCUCAUCUAUUUCCACCAGGAUGGAAAGAUCUACUGCGGACGGCACCAUGCUGAGAGACUGAAGCCCCGUUGUACCGCCUGUGAUGAGAUCAUCUUCGCGGAUGAGUGCACCGAGGCAGAGGGGCGUCACUGGCACAUGAAGCACUUCUGCUGUUUCGAGUGUGAGACGGUCUUAGGGGGACAGCGCUACAUCAUGAAGGAGGGGCGGCCCUACUGCUGCUCCUGCUUUGAGUUCCUCUAUGCUGAGUACUGCGACUCCUGUGGAGAGCACAUUGGCAUCGACCAAGGCCAGAUGACAUAUGAUGGCCAGCACUGGCAUGCCACAGAGUCGUGCUUUUGCUGUGCCCGCUGCAAGCGAUCUCUCCUGGGUCGACCCUUCCUUCCUAAGCAGGGCCAAAUCUUCUGCUCGCGCUCCUGCAGUCUGGGGGAAGAGCCUAAUGGCUCAGACUCCUCUGAUUCCGCCUUUCAAAGUGCUCGCUCCACAAGGGAGUCGAGGCGCAGCACCAAGGUGGGGAAAAAUGGGAGUGAAUUACAGGCUGAGAGGUUUUCAGGAGAUGUGGACCCACUGUCUUUACAAAUGGAUCUUCUGAGUCUCUCAAGCCAAACACCCAGUUUGACCCGUAUUCCGCCUACCUGGCAGAGCCAGGAGCAAGAGGGUGAUGAUUAUGAUUUUGAAGCUCAAACAGACCACAUCAGUAACCCCACCCCUCUCCAGCUCCUCAGUCAGUGCAACAUCAGAACUACAUAUAACCCCACUUGCUCCGGACAGAACAGUCAGUUGCAAGAUAACAGGAUUAAGGAGAAUGGAGGAUUAAAAAGACCUCCCAUUUCGGCUUUAAAGGGCCACUCACUGAAUGAAAUGUGGUUCCAACAGCCGGCUCCUGAAGAGUAUUAUCCACACAAACUCAAGACCCAGAAGAGCUUCACUGAGGUAUCAAAUUUCUCUCAACACCACAAUGGCUUCUCUGACAAGCGCUCGAUCAGUCUGCAUGGGUUUCAGAGGGACAGGGACGGACCUCCAUCAGCAACCCAACUUGCAAGAAGCAGGAACCCCAUCAAUAUACUCAACUUUGCUGAUCAGCUGACCCCUUUGGAACAGACCCCAAGGGAAUCCAUGGAGUCCAUGGCACUGUCCACUGCUACAGGCACUUCGGCAGACGGAGGGAAGCGUCAAGAGCACCUUUCUCAUGUCUCCAUGCCGGACCUGAGCAAAGACUCUGGAAUGAAUGUGUCGGAAAAAAGCAAUAUGGACACCCUGAACUCCUCCAUGCAGUUCCAUAGCUCAGAGUCCCUUCACAGCCUCACUGCUGGUCAACCCUACUUAGAAAUGGAUCCACCAAGGUCCUCCCAAUACCCGGUACAAUAUUGUGACCCUCAUGGAAUGGGUGUUGGUGUGGGUAUGACACAUUUACCACCUGGCUUCACUUUCCAGGAGGAGGACGGGGUUAGUUUGGUGAACAGUGCAAAUGCUGCCCACCUGCCGCCCAUCAGUGAACACAGAGUUGGUGGUGGUGGAUCAGGAGGAGGCAGAGUAGGAGCUAGUAUCCGAAUAGAUGCACCAGAGGAUACUCCACAAAGACGUCGGCAUCACCACCACUCCCGCAGAUCCAGACGUUCUCGUUCAGAAAACGCUCUGCACUUGGUGGCAGAGCAGAGGGGGAGACCUCAGCUGAGACCACAGCGGCAUGUCUGUGAGGAUUAUGACCGAUUCCCGCCACCAAGGAGUGCCAGGGAUCGCUUUGGUGGAGGUGGAGGAAGAUAUCAUCCCCAAUUCUUCAGGCAGUGCCCCAGGACCACUUCAGACCUGACACUUCAGAACCCCGGGGCCAGCCGGCGCACAGGCUUGAGCCGGUACUCCUGGGAUGAUUAUGACGAUGAUGACUGGUGCUCCACCUGUUCUUCAUCUUCCGAAUCAGAGGAUGAAGGUUACUUCUUGGGUGAGCCAAUCCCAAGACCAAUUCAGCUGCGCUACCUCAGCAACCAGGAGCUUGUCCAUAAGUACAACAACAUGGGCAUGGGCGGACCCAACCGCAGCGGACAGUUACACACUCGCAAACGGCGAAAAAGCAAGAACUGUAUUAUCUCCUAACAUCCUGGUGUUCGCUCAACCAGUUUGUGUACACAAACAUCCUCCUAAUCUGGAACAGAGUCACAAAAACACCAGAUCCAUUUAUUCAGUGUUGUUGAAUGUUGAAUAUUGUGUGUUUCAAAGUCAGUGAUGAAUACAGUUGGUAAAUUGUGAAAAAACACCAGUGUUUGCAUGUUUAUUCAUUUUAAUGUUUCAGAAUAUCUCCUGAGUAUUAUGGCUGACAGUUAGAUGCACACUUCUACCAAGAUCUAUCUAUCAAAGGUGAUGUGCAAUUUUAUUUAAUCAUAACUUCAUUUUAAUGCAGCAAACAGUGUGUGACUUAGUUUUUGUAAAGUUUAGCUUUUCCAUGCAAGGUGAUUUUGAUAUAGGUUAUAAUGUACUACUGUAUUCAGUUGAUAGUAUGUACAUAGAUAAAUUAAUUAAAUUUGCUUAAGUUAAGGAAGUAAGUGUAAAUAUGGUUGUAAAUGAGGCCUGACAUAUUUUUAUAUUUUGUAAGGAUAGAUUCAUUUAUGUAUUAAAUAUCUAUCGUGUAGAAGUAGAAACAAGAUACGCAUGUUUAACUUGGCUGGCCUGGUCCUGCAUUUGGAAUAAAGGAGUAUUUCAGUGUUU